GUCUAAACAAUUUGAGGAGGAAGAAACUACUGUCCUAGGACUGAACAGUAACUAUGACGAGACAGUCAGCAACAUUUCUUCUGCCUCACCGAAGAGUCGAGUGAAUGGAAGUGCAGAGUCCAGAAGCAAGCGGACCAUUCGCAGGCCUGCUUACUGGUUGGAAAUGAGAGGAAUAAAAAACAGCAUUAACAAAUCUUCAGAAAAAAAAGCAGAAGUACUAUUGAAAGGCAAGAGGAAAUCUGAGCAAGGGGAAGGCGAAGAUCUUAAAGACUCUCCCAAGAAGAAGCAGAAGAUUUCGGGAAAAAACCAGCAAGCUGGAACACAACAAAACUCCAAAACGAAAGGCCACUGUGUUCAGAAAGAACUGGAGACUUACGGCACAGGUAGUAUGGAAGAGCGAUGGUCUUUGGAAAUUCAGGACAAAGGCCGAGUUAGCUGUCCAACAUGCCGGGCUGUGGUGAGAAAGACUGUAGAAGGACUGAAGAAACAUAUGGUAAAUUGCAGACAGAAAAUGUUCACAUGUCAUCACUGUGGGAAGCAGCUGAAGUCUUUAGGAGGGAUGAAAUACCAUGUCAUGGCAGACCAUAACAAUCAGCCAGUUGUGAAGGAGGGAGGAGAAUUGGAUGAGCAGCUUGAGCGAGACCGCCUUCGGAAGGUUUUGAAGCGUAUGAGAAAACUAAAGUGCACAAGGGAG